GGGCGUCACCUGGGACCCCCGAGACGGCUGCGCGCGGCGCGGCGGCGGCGGCGGCGGAGGAGGAGGACGGGACUCGGCGGCGCGGAAGACGCUGUGAGCGCCCGGAGGUCUCUGCGCCGCUUCGGGGGUAUAUAUACCUCUGACUGGCUUUACGAUUCUUACUUCUGGAUUUAAAUUUUUUUCUUUAAAUAAAACAAAUAAACUUGGACGGAUGAAAGAUGUGCCAUGGCAGGAUAGCACCAAAGAGCAGCUCAGCGUUUGCCGUAGCCUCUGUGGGACAUGGAGUAUUCCUUCCACUCGUGAUCCUCAGCACCCUGUUUGGAGAUGGAUUAGCCUCUGUGUGUCCCCUGCCCCCAGAGCCAGAAAAUGGUGGUUAUAUCUGCCACCCCCGGCCCUGCAGAGACCCCCUGACAGCUGGCAGUGUCAUCGAGUACCUGUGUGCAGAAGGCUACAUGUUGAAGGGUGACUACAAAUAUCUGACCUGUAAGAAUGGCGAGUGGAAGCCAGCCAUGGAGAUCAGCUGUCAUCUCAAUGAAGACAAAGAAACCCACACAUCACUCGGGGUCCCUGCUCUGUCCAUAGUGGCUUCCACUGCCAGCUCGGUGGCGCUCAUCCUUCUCCUCGUGGUGCUGUUUGUGCUGCUGCAGCCAAAGCUGAAGUCUUUCCACCAUAGCAGGCGUGACCAGGGAGUAUCUGGGGACCAAGUCUCCAUCAUGGUGGAUGGAGUCCAGGUUGCACUACCAUCGUACGAGGAAGCUGUAUAUGGCAGUUCUGGUCACUGCAUGCCGCCUGCUGACCCCAGAGUGCAGAUCGUACUGUCAGAAGGGUCUGCACCCAGUGGGAGAAGCAUGCCAAGGGAACAGCAACUACAGGGCCAAGGGGCCUGCUCCUCUGCAGGCGGAGAGGAUGAGGCCCCAGGCCAGUCUGGACUGUGUGAAGCCUGGGGCUCACGGGGCUCAGAGCCUGUGAUGGUGCACCAGGCAACCACCUCUUCCUGGGUGGCUGGCUCAGGGAGCAGCCGGCUGGCGCACAAAGACACCGCAGAUUCGGAGAGCAGUGACGUACAAAGCCUUUUAUCCCUCACGUCGGAGGAGUGCACGGAUGACAUCCCGUUGCUGAAAGAAGCAUGAGGGUGCAGCUGGCCUCUCCUCUCUGCCCUUUGUCCUUCUCCUGUGGGUGAACACCGUCUUCUCCAGCUGCCCCACCCGGAUACCUGAGCUGCCACCUGUGUAUCUGUGUCCCUGAAGGCCUGCUCUAGGAAACUCCAGGAAGACUCUCGCCAUCUGCCUGCUGGACAGCUGGAGGGGCUGUCUGUCUGCCUGGCCCAGCCUUCCCAUCUGUCAGGGACAUAUUUGAAUGUGCUGGAUCGAACCCUCCCUUUCCAGAGCCUUCAGGUCCCUCCCAGCCAGCUCUGGUGGCAGCUCCCACAGCUGUGAGGCCCGAGCACCCGCUGUGUUUACUUGUGCCUUCCCCACCCUGUCCAGGCUCCUGUCAUGCAGGUGGGUUGUAUCCACAGGCCUUAGUGGUACUGCCACCUGUGCCCAGGGGCUGGACCCAGGGCUGCAGAAGCAGGUUCCAGAGUGAAGGUCCUCGUGGCCAGAGUAUGGGUCCCUGGACUUGCCCUGUGUGGACACACACGGAUGGUGUGUUUCCUUAAGUGGGGAUUGAGGAUCUGGGAAGUCAUGCCAAAGCCCCAGCACUCAGAUGUCCAGCUGAAGUGUAGGCUCCUGGCCCUGUAGAGUUGAGCAUUUCCAAGAAGCACCCAGAAGACCCUGCAGGAGGGGAAGAAGGGGUCAGAUAAUGGUCGUCUUCCUAAUAUGCAAAUUUUCAUUUCCUGCUUCCAGCAUUGGCUGCCUUGGACUUGGUUUUUCUUUUCACGAAUAAGAGGGAGUUGCAUGCUGUCUUCUGGGCUUUGUCCUAGGCAGCUCAGCUUCCUUGCUGCCCGUAGGGCCCUGGGGUCUGCUGAGAUGCUCUGAUGGCUCAUCUGGGCUCUGGCAGUCAGGGCAGGUUGCCCCUUUCUAGGUUUGUGGUGAUGGAGGGGAGGCCGAAAGGCACAGACCAAGUUCCUGGGUGGCUGCAGGCAGCUCCAGCCUGGUCCUGAGGAUCCUCUUCACCACGGUCACGUGCCUUAGUAACUAUGCCCCGGAAGUGACCUGCUGUGUCGCCGCUUUUCCUCCACCUGCCCCUUCCCGCGCUCCUCCACAUGUGUGCUGACAGUGAGCCACUCCUUAUCUUCUGUCAGGCCGAGAAAGGUCCUCGGCACCCCUGGCCUUACCAGCUGAGGCAGGCUGAUGGAUACCCUGAAGCCCGACUCCCAGGCCCUUGUAGACCUCAGAUGUCGGCCUGGGGCAGGGAGCUGUUGCUGGGGCCUCCGGUACCACUGCACUGAAAGCUAACAAGUCUGGGCAGCCAAGCCCCGCCAGUCGGCUACCUUUCGGGGAGGACAGAUGUGGCAUUAAGGAAUGUUUGCUUUUGUUUUUGUUGUGUUGUAUUUUUUUCCUCCCCCUGAAGUGAUAGGGCUGGAAGCUUUGAAGUUCCUCCCCCAAGCCUCUCUGGAAUGGUAAAAAUAACGAAGUCCAGUUUUCACUUUCAGCCCUGACAAGGUUAGCUCCAAUUAUCGCUGGUCCAGAAGAUAGGAGAAUGGCUGAGUUUUCCCAGCCUACCGCUCCCCACCUCUGCGCUUACAAAGCACUUUACUCCCAGUCACGCUUGGCCUCCUGCCACCCCCAUCUUCUUCCUCUCAGGGUUAGGGCAGUGCCUGUUGUGCCUGCUGGCCAUUCCCAUCCUGUACCCAAGAACCCUGUCUUCGUGUCUGAAGUCCAGGCAAGUGUGGUUGGCUAAGGAAUAAUGAGUUGGAGAAGGUACUGGAAGCCUGGGGAAGAUAAGACAUACCUACUAGUGGUUGCCAUCAUAGGCAUACUUUGGGGUCCCAAGGCCUCCAGCCACGUUAACAUGGCUGUCUUUAAUCCUCAGUGGCCCCCUGCAGGGAGAAGUAGGGUGGCGGACAGAAAUCUCCUCAAUGAUCCAUCUGCUUUUGUGUGCUGCUUUUCUAAAUUCUGCUCUGGCAUAGUUGUAAAGUGUAAGGUCCUGCCCUUUUCUCUGUCUCUUGGGGUUUUUGCUCCCCAAGAGAUUACACUUUUGUUUUGUGUUUAUUCAGCCAGGUAGGCUUGGUCCAUGGGUGAAAGAACCGCCCGGUUUCUCCUCCUGUUUCACUAGCCGUUGAGCUGCUCUUGGGAUUACAAGCCCAGGCUUGCCUAACCAGAGGACAGAAGGGCCGUGCUGUCCUGUCACUGACUGGAGAGGGCCUCCUCCUGGAGACCCUCAUUCACCUUUGUUGGCAUUGUGACUUCUUCCUUCUGUGUUUCUCUUUCCCAUGAAGUACUCUCUUAAUCAUUAUCCGUGUGCUUCAGCUCCUGGGCCUCGUCCCUUGCAAAAGGUCUGGGGACUCCACAACUGGCCUGGCUAGAAACAGGGCCAGUGGCAAGUGGCAGUGUGUUGGGCACAAGAAAGCAUGGAGCAAGUGGGAAGGAAACUAGCCACAGCCCAGCUUUCCCAGGCUCGCUGGGGCGCCCUGCAGAAGACCUGCAGGGGAGACGGUCUUUCACAAAGUUUGUUCGUUGGGCCCACCCUUGAGCUGAUUCAGUGCAGUCACACUCUAUCAACUUUCAAGGGUCAGAAUGGUAAAAAUCACUCAAAAUUUCCGUCCUCCCAUGCCUUAGUUUAGCCAGUAGGCUCUGUCUUUUGCCAUUUCUGUCUUUAAUGUGCUGUGUUCCUGUUUCACUGGGUGUAAACUGUGAAAUGGGCUGAGUCCUGGCCACUUAGUGAGUUUGGUUUUAUAAGGCAUUUCAGUGUACAUUGUACAAGCACUCCAUUUGCAAAGAGAACUGUAACUAAGACUGUCUCUCCUAUUUGGCCUGCCCUCCUCCUCCCACCUCCAGCUCUAAAGUUGUUUGGAGAAGCUGGGCUACCAGACAGACAAAGGUAUACUUUUCCUGCUUCAUGAGUGGCAGCGUGGGGACAGAUGGCACUUAGCCAUUUUUCUCCCACUCAUAUCAGAGCUCUCAAACCACUGGCUUCCCACUUAACAAUAUCUCCUCCAUUUCUGAGGAACAUUCUUGCACAGAGAAUGAAAUAUGCUGCAAACAUUUCUAGUAGGUCCUUGCUCCUCCCGCCCUUCCUCAAGAGCAGAAGGGGCUGUAAGGAGCGUGGCACGGGCUUUACAGCUUCAUCACAGGUGUUCCUGCCCCUUACUGUGCGGGUUGGGGGGGGGAGGCUUCUCUGCAGGGCCUGCUGGGUCUCCUGCAGAGCUUAGAAAACCUUUUGUUUAACAGAUAUUUGGGCUGAAGGUUGUAGUAGCUGGUUCCCUGGAGAGCCAAAGGUGGCAAGGCCUGCUUUGCUGAGAAAUGAUCUUUAAUUUCAAGUGUAUCAACUUUGAAGAAAGUCCUCUGCCUAGCAGCAGAGCUCACUGGAGAGGAUGCAGAACAACGCACUCAGAUUGCUGAGCAGGGCAGGGGUAGCUCGUUGGCCUGGCGUUUUAAGGUUGUCUCACCACUAUGGGACCCUUUGCAGAAUGGUACUCGUAUAAUGGUUUAAAACAACACAUGCAUAAUUGACUGUGCAGGAUGUCAAUCAAUUUGGGUUUGCUUUAUUUUAUUUUAUAUAUAUAUUUUUUGGUAUCCUGUACAUUGCAGUGGGUGUGAAGAUAGUAUUUUAAUAUUUGUACAAAGUUUAAUUUAAUUUUAAUUGUCCUAUGUAUAUAACUGCAUUUCUAAAUAAUAAUAAUAAAAAAAUUCUUAUGAA